AUGAUUUCUCUUAAAGGAAUUGAUGAUUAUCCUACACCUGUUUCGACAUUUUCUAUUUUAACUUACAAUUGUCUGGCAUCAAACCUUGCUGAAGCACAAUAUUUUCCAAAGACUAAUCCAGCUUAUUUGGAUUUUUCUUACCGAUCAAAACUAUUUGAACAUGAACUACAAUCAUUCAAUGCUGAUAUUGUUUGUUUACAAGAAAUGCACAAAGAUGAUCUUCGUCGAUGGCUUAAUCCAUUUCUUUCUCAACUAGGUUACGGUGAAGGUAUUUUUGCUGAACGUGGUGGUAACAAAGCUAAAGAUGGUGUGGUGAUAUUUUUUAAACGUGAUAAAUUUAAAUUGAUAAAUCAACAUCGACUUGGUUAUUUCGAUAGUGCUCAAGCACAAUUUCCAAAAGAAAAAACAUUAGCUACAUAUAAUGCUGCUCUCUUCUGUCUUCUUCAAAUACAAAAUAGUAAGACGAGUACAUCCGACAAGAAAGACGAACAGAUAUGGAUAUGUACUACACAUCUUAAUUGGAAUCAUAGUUUACCUGCUACACAACUCUUUCAAAUUCGUACUCUUUUCAGUGAACUUUCUCGUCUUAAUAAAGAAACUCAUGAUAGUCCAUUUGUUAUUGUGGGUGAUUUUAAUAGUAAACCUGAUUCAAUUGUUCAUGAUUAUAUUAAAAACGGUGUACUUACAGAUACUGCUGAUUAUUAUUCUAAAGUACGUGACGUCUAUUUACCAUUAUUUAAUGAUGAUCCAACAAAAACUACAAAAUAUUUAACUGAACCUCAUACCUAUAAAAAAGCUUUGGAAAGUGCUUACAAUGAUAAUACAUUUUUAAUGCCAUUUACUACACGAAUUGUAAAUCAUUUUUGUGGAACAAUUGAUUAUAUUUAUUAUCAACGUGAUCGUAUACGGCCUCGACAAUUAUUAAAUGCUUUGUAUAGUGAUGGUGAACAAGCAAAACGUGAUGAUUUUACUUUACCAAAUGAACAACACCCAAGUGAUCAUUUACCAUUAAUGGCUGAAUUUGUUCUACUACCAUCAUCCUCUACAAAUGACAAUAUUAGUGAAUCAAAAAAAUAA